AUGCGGGGUCACAGGUAUCAGUUACAGCCGCAACUUUCAGCUCCAGCUUCAUUCCAGCUUCAUCUCAACUCAGGGACGCGAUCAUCUCCUUCUGCUAACAAGCUGGCCAGCAAACCUCCCUACCAUCCUCAAAAUAACCAGUAUCACUCUCUCAAUCCAGAAUUGAAACUAUCACACAUUUGUUUAAAGAUGGCCUUUCGCAAAGUAAAGGUCGGAAUCAUUGGGUACGUCACAAUCCAUGUCGUGGAACGUCCAUGUUCCUCCAAUAUAUUCGGCCCUUCGCUGACCACCUCAUUCUAUUUAUAUUCAUUUCGUAGUUGCGGAGAGGUGUCACAGGUGAUACAUAUACCAAAUUUCCUACACCUCUCGGACAUAUUCAUCGUCACUUACCUGUGUGAUAUUUCUGCUAUGGCCCUGGAGCAUUGCAAGAGCAAAAUCUCCAACCCGCACCUUCAGACCACCAAGAAUGCGGAAGAGUUAUGCCAGUCUCAGGAAGUGGAGGUCGUUCUUGUUGCGAGUAAUGACGCGUACCAUGUUCCGCAUACCUUGCUCGCCCUGAAAUACAACAAGUUUGUCUUUUGCGAGAAGCCAAUGGCUCUAUCGUUAAAGGACGCGGAAGCGGUCUUGGAGGCUGAAAAGCUUUCGUCUGGUAGGGUGAUGGUUGGGUAUAUGAGGCGGUAUGCAGGGGCCUUUGUCGACGCCAUCAACGAAAUAGGUGGCAUUGGCGGCGUCACUCAUGCAACAGUCAGGGACAUCCUCGGCCCCAACUCAUGUUUUAUUGCACAGUCAGGCACUUUUCCUAAGAAGUUCUCGGAUCACAAUGAAAAUGAUGCAGUAGAGCUUGCCACGAUGACAAGCCAGGCCCUGGAACAAGCAUUAUCCGUUGAGCUUGGUAUUCCAGUUAACCCAACCACUGCCAACAUGUGGAAACACUUGUCGGGGCUGGCUUCCCACGACCUGAGUGCCAUGAGAGAGUGUUUAGGUGUUCCUAACAGGGUGCUUGGUGCUUCUAUUUGUUCAGAUACAGGUCCCCAGUUCUGGAGUGCUCUGUUCAAAUAUCCAGGUUUUGCUGUCUCUUAUGAGUCGGGAUGGGAUGAGAUACCACGGUUCGAUGCGAGUAUCGAAGUGUUUGGGAGGACAAAGACCGUGAAGAUCUGCUAUGACACCCCAUAUGUCAAGGGGCUGCCGACAACCAUGGUUGUUCGUCAACUGGGUCCCAACGGUGAGUACAUAGAGUCCACCGUUCGAAAGACGUACGAGGAUCCGUUCACUCUGGAGAUGAAGGAAUUAUACGAAGCUGUGGUGAAUGAAAAUAAGAUUAUCAAGACAACAGCAACGGAUGCGGUGGCGGAUAUCAAGAUUUUCCAGAUGAUAAUGAAGACUGGGUAUGAACAGUCGCUAUGA